CGAUGCGUCAUGACGUUAGUCACGUUCCUGUGACUUCACUUGAUGUCAUGCGGCCUGGGUUAGAGAGGAGGAAGAGGAGAAAACAACAACAAGCCUGCUGGGUCAGUGACAGAUAGAAGCCACACUGAGGUGACCAGUCUAGACUAGUAGUCCACAAAUCAGUCUAAUAUCACUAUUCGCUGUCGUUCCGAGGGCAAGAUGUCUUUGUUUGGGAAGUUGUUUGGUAGCAGUGGAAAAGGGGGUAAAUAUUCAAGCCCCCAAGAGGCUAUUCAGCGACUGCGAGAAACAGAAGAAAUGUUGACCAAGAAACAAGAAUUCCUGGAGAAAAAGAUCGAGCAGGAGCUUGUGACGGCCAAGAGAAACGGCACGAAGAACAAAAGAGCUGCAUUGCAGGCACUGAAGCGUAAGAAGCGCUAUGAGAAGCAGUUAGCUCAGAUUGAUGGCACCCUUUCUACCAUUGAGUUCCAGCGGGAGGCGCUAGAGAACGCUCACACCAACACAGAGGUCAUCAAGAAUAUGGGCUUUGCUGCCAAGGCCAUGAAAGCUGCCCAUGACAACAUGGACAUUGACAAAGUGGACGAACUUAUGCAGGACAUCACAGAACAGCAGGAGCUGGCACAAGAAAUGUCAGACGCAAUCUCAAAGCCUGUUGUGUUUGGGGAGGAAUUUGAUGAGGAUGAGCUGUUAGCUGAACUUGAGGAGCUGGAGCAGGAAGAGUUGGAUAAGAACCUUCUGGAGAUCGGAGACAAUGUACCACUGCCAAAUGUGCCCUCUACAUCCUUACCUGCCAGACCAGCAAAGAAGAAAGAAGAAGAGGAUGAGGAUGACAUGAAAGACCUGGAGGCGUGGGCUGCCAAUUAAUGCUCCCCGAAACCCAUACACACUAUACAAGGCAUAAACCUCACCAAGAUACCCGUUACUAAAGGACCUGGAAGGACUCUUCAAUAUGUUACAGUAUGACGUCUUUGUGUCUAAAAUAGGUUAAUAUAUAAACACACACGAGAGGCAAACAAAUACAUGAAUGCAACUGCUCAAAAAAGAUUAUAAAUCUCCGCUAGGCUUACUGUCAACACUCUCAUCUAAGAAAGUCUGAGAUUUUGCCUCAUUUCUCCUCAUCUCUGGGUUGUUCAGACACGAAAAUGGCUUGUUGUAGAUCAGUGUUUGUGUGUUCGGCACUCCAUUGCCUGUAUAAGUAGUCAUAUAUUUUCAAACUUCCAUCACAAGGAAUCCUCCGCUUGGUCCGAGAAACCAGAAAGCCUUUGCACGCAGGGGAAGGUGUCUGUAACGAUCUGUUGUGUUUUUGGAGAGAACAUGUGGUAUAUAUUACCAAUUCAUUUGUUCACAAGUUCUGUUAAAAGCACUAUAAGCCCCGUUUGAUUCCGUGCAUCGAGCAUUUCAGUGCAGGUGCUUCCCACAUCCAGUAUCCGUAGUGCCCACGGGACGUCCUAUAUCAGCACUUAGGCUUUAUGAGUACAAGACUUGCUCUCCGUUUCGGGACUGAGGUGGGCAUGAAGGUUUGAGGAUCCACCUCACGUUUGAGUGCUGCUGCAACAGUAAGAGUUUUACUGUACCUUGCAUCUUUCUUUAAUGGCAUGACGAUUUACGGUCUCCUGACAGAAUGGGAUUCUUAUAUGGAAUAGGUCUCUUCACUCAAGAAACGUGUACUCUAUUUGAGAUAUUUCAGAAAUACUGGCUCGUGAUUCUAAGAUAUCUUUACACUAGAAGUGGUUUCUUAAACUGAGUGUUGUAUUAGGGGGAAAAACGACAAGGUUUGUUGUAGAUUUCAGACUGCACAGAUUCAUUUAAUAUCACGCUUUAUUUUACAGAGUGCACUAUUAUGAGGCUCUGGUUUUAUUCAUUUUCCUCUCCUGAGAGUCUAUAAAACAUUUGAGUAUUGAAUAUUGAGAUGUGAGAGAAACACUAAACACAUAACUAUGUUUAUUUAUCCGGCUCGGAACGUUUCAUUCAUGUUGUUUAUUGUUUGUCUUUUUGACACUCUCAUUUAUGCCUUUCAACCUUACACCUACAUUAAAGUUUUGCCAAAUUAACACCUCUCUGGAUUUGGAUUUGCGCAUUAAAUGUUUCUUUCCAUUAUUUGCCUAAUAUUUCUUUAUUUAUGCACUUCAAAGCAUCAGUGCUCACCUUGAAGAUGUGUUUUUGUCUACUGAAUAUUGAACAUGAAUUUGUAGAAAUAGUGUCCAGGCAGGAGGACAGAGAGUAUACUUUUUAUUUAAAAAUACCCACCGGUCCAUUACAUGCAUACAGUCAGUAAUCUUUCAGAGACAGCAAUGGAAUAUAUGAUGGUGCUUUUCUGUUUCUUUCUUGCAAUGGAAAGGAAAAUGAAGACUUUGAAGCAACAUGCUAUGAUCUGUAGUAAUGCAAACUGAUUUGUACAGAAUGUGAAAGACGAAGCUUUAAUACAUUUGUAUGUUGUCAUUA